UCCAUCUUCAAACCUCUCGCAUAACCCCUUCGAAACACCCAGUCAUGAAACCCUUCCGACGGGCCUUUUUCUCCCAAGCCAGCCUCGCGUCGGCGUCUGGGCGCGUCGUCAGCAAUCCAACGCCCUUUGCCUCCCGCCUCUUCCGCUCCUACCUCUCGCCCUCAGCCCGCCCUCGUCCUCCGCUCUUCCGACCCUUCCUGCGCAACUCCUCCUCCAAGCGGCCCAACCCGGACCCAACUCCGCACCUGGGCUCCCCCAAGCCCGCCCUCAGCUUCUCCCAGCGCAUGCGCAAGCUGUCGCGCGAAUAUGGCUGGGUUGCGCUAGGCGUAUACUUGGGACUGUCGGUCCUCGACUUUCCCUUUUGCUUCAUGGCUGUACGCAUGUUGGGUGUCGACCGCAUUGGCCGAUGGGAACACGCUGUUGUCGGCGCCUUCUGGAAUGCCGUCAGCUUAGUCUAUCCCGAGGCGCGCCCUGCGAAGAAGGAGAGGAUGCCUGAAGGCGCGGCCAAGGCCGAGGAUGGCGCAGGAAUAGUGGACGGUGCGCUGAUGGAUGUAGCCGAGGCGGAUGAGGCCAACUCAGGGAGCCAAGCUACCAUCUGGACCCAACUCGCCCUCGCCUAUGCCAUCCACAAGUCCUUUAUCUUCCUGCGAGUACCGCUGACUGCGGCCGUCACGCCCAAGAUUGUCAAGGUGUUGAGGGGAUGGGGUUGGAACAUUGGGAAGAAGAAGCCCAAGUCGUCUUAGGUUUGAGUAUAAGAGGGUUAGACGGUGACUGUACAAACAACCGCAUGUGGCGCGGCGGGGACAUGGAGCAUUGCAAGGAGUUGCACUGGUAGGCAUUGUGGGUAGGCAUUGUAUCACCAGGUCGAUUUUGAGGAGGAUGUCAGCUUGAGCUGUGUAUCACAUCAGGCUUGGUAUAACCUCAGGGAGGUCGGUUUGAAAACUGCGUGUAAAAGUACAUCUCAUCUCCCAUCAUUAUAUUAGACCACAGCGCUCGUCAACGGAUUUACGAACACCGUUGUUAGCGAGUGGGGUUAUGCUUUCGGCAGCCCCGCAUUAGCUAGUCGCCGCCGUCUACGGAUUAACUACCUAGCGAGAC